GUCAGUGUCAACCUCAGUUCCUCUGGCUGCCAUCCCCCCUGAGACAGAGGCUGGCUGAAAGGAGGGGGCCUGCCCCACCCUGUGGACUGAGAAACCAGGGCCGGCCAAGUCUACGCAGUUCAGGAGGCCACAGCAGGUGGCAGAUGCUUGCUGGAACAUGAGCAGCGAGGGGAAACCAUGCAUUCUGACUCCCCUGGGUCAGUUGCAAAACACGUGUCUAUGAUGAACCCGUGUGGGGAACGUGUGUGCUUGUGUAAGCACUGGCCUUGGUAUGGACACUGCAAGAGGAGAGACAUUGUCAUUCCUUACUUUUUACAUUUCUAUAUGGUUCGAAUUUAUUAUAACAAGCAAGUUUUGCUUAUGCAAUUAAAAUUUUUAAUAAAGAGAGACCAGUUUAAAAAAUACAGAUAGAGUGCGCAGGCCACGUCGGAGCCAAGCCCAGCUGAUCAGCCAUGAUCGUGGAUGUGCAGCUGGCCAUCUUCGCCAACCUGCUUGUCGUUCUCUGUCACUACAUGGCCAUCAACAGUCCCAAGAAGUAGGAAUGAAAGUGGCGCUUUCUCCACCUCAAGUUUCCAGGACAUAGUCUGAGGCAAUAUGGAGCGUGUGAGGGGCCUUCACCCUUCACUUCGUCCCUUCUACCCAUCACAAUAUACAAAGCAACUACACCUGGAUUUGUCGAAACAACUUUUAUUUCCUCAAAGUCUUCCUUAACCCUAUGGCACAAAAAGCUGCCACUGAAUAGGGCCCAGUAUAGGGGCUACUUUCUUUUCUACUCCCUCCCUCCAAUAUAAAAAUAUAGAUUUUUUGUGGUCAAAAAAAAUACAAAAUGUUAGAACAAUUGUAAUCUAACUCCAUUUUUAGAAAAUAAGAUAGCUCAGAGAUCACAGCACGCAGAGAUGACCUUGGCUACGACAAG